AUCAACUUGUGUGGUUAAGAGUAGCCUUCUUAAACCCACUUCCCUUUCUCUUUCUUUAUCUUGUUCUCUCUCUGUUCCUCUCCAGAAUCUGUGGGAAAGAGCAUUUUGAUUGAAAUUAAAAGCAAUCUCUGUUAGGUUACUCAAUCACUUCCAUCCAUCAGCUAAGUUUCAUGUCUGAACUCGACGCUAAUAUUCCAACCACUUUUGACCCUUUUGCUGAUGCAAAUGCUGAGGACUCGGGCGCUGGGGCAAAAGAGUACGUCCAUGUGCGUAUCCAGCAGCGUAAUGGGAGGAAAAGCCUGACUACCGUGCAAGGGUUGAAGAAGGAAUUCAGCUACAACAAGAUUCUCAAGGACCUCAAGAAGGAGUUCUGCUGCAAUGGCACUGUUGUCCAGGACCCUGAGCUAGGCCAGGUCAUUCAACUUCAGGGUGAUCAAAGGAAGAAUGUUUCCACAUUCCUUGUGCAGGCUGGCAUUGUGAAGAAGGAAAACAUCAAGAUGCAUGGUUUUUGAGCUCUGUUAGCAGAAAACAAAUCUCUAUAUGCAAAUUAUCAACUGUUGGGAGCAGUAACUACUAGUAUAAUAUCUGAACUUGAGAAAGAGUCAUAUGUGGGUCAGAACUGUUUUGAGAUUACAGUACUUCUGUGGUGUGUGUGUUUUUGUUUUCAAGUGUGUAAUGUGAAAGGAUUAUGGUUUAUUUGGAAACCAUCUGCUUUAGUUGGAUUAAUAUUUUCCUCUUUGACCACAA